GAGUAUCAUCAUGAUCUCCGGCAACAGAUGGUGGCGGCGGAAAGUGCUCAAAUCUGACUGGGUGGAGGCUCCCAUGGAGAUGUCCGGACCAGCAAUUAGAGAUGGAUUUUUAAUGAUGACCAUGGAGCAAACUAAGUUAGAUAAUCUUCACUGAAAUUUUUAAUUCUUAUCAGCUGUUGGUUUUCGCUGUUUUAUUCGGAUUUCCACUGGAGGCCGCGGAAGCCUCGGACUCGAUUUAGUCAAGCCCUCGGAGCUGAGCUGAAUGAACCGCAUUGUGMGAUUGUUUGGGAGGUCUCGUAAAACGUAAUUAACAAAGUUUCACGUUUGGAAGUACGAACGCGUGAAUUCGCUUAGAGUAAAUUUAGUUUUGCCGUAGAUCAGACGGUGUAAAUAUGCGGUGUGAAGAGAAAUUUGGGAGACAAGCUAACUGCUAAGUUAGCUAAAAGCGGUAUGUUGAUUGAAUGAAUGAAAUUAGUGUCGACCACCUGGAUUUAAAUAACUGCUUAUUGUCAAGAACUUUAGAUUUCUAUCCUGAAUUUCUCCCACCAGGAGAGAUUCCCCAAGGAGCUGGUUCUCGACUUUUAUCCACAAAUGGAAAAGAAUGCUGCGCCUGAAAGUUGGAAAGCUGCAUUUUAACAUGUCAAAGAUUGUGGAGUGAUGGAACUCCCUGUCGUCUCCUAAUGUUUACGAGCUAGUUAGCUAGCUACACUUGUGCACUUAUUGGACUCGGGCGGURAAAUUGCUUGAAGCUAAAGUCCGGUUUGGAAUAUGGGGAAUUCGGUGUCGUGCUGCGUCUCUCCGGAGUCCAGCCCCAAACUUCCGUCGAGACAAGCUCUGGAGCGGCUGGAGGAGUUCCACACCAGCACCGAGGUGAGCGACGACAACACGGUGCCCUACCUGCAGCACAUCAGCGACAGAGAGGUGACGGAUGUGAGGGACAGGAGGAAAAGCAACCACAUAAACCAUGUCACCCAUGUGUCCCCUGGUCCGUUAUCAAAGAAAUACAGCUCCUGUUCUACCAUCUUCAUAGACGACAGCACCGUCAGCCAGCCCAACCUCAAGAGUACAAUCAAAUGUGUCACUUUAGCGAUAUACUACCACAUCAAAAACAGGGACUCAGACAGGUCACUGGACAUCUUUGAUGAGAAGUUGCACCCUUUAUCAAGAGAGCCGGUACCGGACAACUACUGGUCUGUCGACCCAGAACACAAGCUGAUCUACCGCUUCGUCAGAACGCUCUUCAGUGCCGCACAGCUCACAGCAGAGUGCGCCAUCGUCACACUGGUGUACUUGGAGCGCUUGUUGACCUACGCUGAGCUGGAUAUCUGCCCAGCCAACUGGAAGCGCAUCGUCCUGGGAGCCAUCCUGCUGGCCUCCAAGGUCUGGGACGACCAGGCGGUGUGGAACGUGGACUACUGUCAGAUUCUUAAAGACAUCACUGUAGAGGACAU